GCCGCAGCCGCAGCAGCAUACGGCAAGCUCAGCAAGGACGACCCGCUCAAGCAGCACUACGAGGCCCUCUGGCCAGAGCUCGCCGCAGCCAAGCCACCAGCAGAUCAACCAGUCGUUGGAUUCAAGGCAGUGGAGGCAGCAGCUCGACGCUUGGACAAACUCCAGAAGAAGGUACGAUCGGCAGGGGAGCAAGUGGAGAGUGCCCAGCAGUACUUGGCUGAGAGUGAACGCAAGCUUCGUGAAGCUAUGGAAGCAUCCAUUGCAGCAGAAGGUGAGUUCGACAAGCUCAAGGCCACAGUCGGCAAGCAAGAGGUACCAGCCGAACCCGCAGCCGAGAAGCCAACGCUGGCAGCCCUCCUGGAGCAGUUCGAGCACGAGCCUGACGACUUCCACAAGUGGUCCGAGCCAGACAAGGAGGUCUGGCGAGCUGCAAAGGCCAAGGGCGAGCGCAUGGCCCAGACGGUCAAGGAGCACGAGGAGGAGACGGCGAAGCACCUGCGACUUCUGGAGGAAGAGACGGCCAGGCACCAGGAGCAGCUGCGCCAGCUCGAGCAGGCAAGCGUGUCUGCGCUGCCAGCCCAGCCCCUCAGCGAGGAGCCACCACAGGCGCUGAGGCAGCAGGGUCAGCUGCUGCGGCUGCGCCUAACGGCGCCGCGGCAGCUGCCCAACCAGAAGCAGGUGCAGCAGAACAUGACAAAGCAGAGGAACGCCGAGCCAGAGUGGAUGCCCACAUCCAGGAGGCGCGAGAGAAGGUCUCGCAGGCCAGGCGCGCCGAGACAGUCGUCGACGCAGAAGGGCAAGGUGACCACUCAGCAGGGUAGCCGCCCCAAGGCGAGCGCGAAGAAGGCUCGCCGCCCUUGCCACAUCGACUUCUUCAAUGUCACGACCUGGGGCCCCCGGGCACAGGGCUACCUCAUGGAGAUCAACGACGCCAAGGACAGGGGCAUCAUCGGCAUCGCGGAGCACCACCUCCGCCAGCCUGCGCAGAUAGGCAAGGCAAGAGCGGCGCUCAGGAGGAAUGGCAUGCACAGCUACUGGACCAAGGCACGGCCAGGAGAAGGAGAAGGCACUCGUGGAGGAACGUGUGCCAUUACGCGAGGAUCCUUGGACGUCCAGGACAGGAUCGCGGGCUUCGACGAGCACUACCUGCACGAGGACGGCAGCGACGCCACGGUGGUGAUCUCCAACCUGCACAAGGUCCGCUUCGCAGUGGCCUUCGUCUUCCUCGAGUGUGGGACGGGCUUCGGAGAGAGGAACGUCAGCAUCCUCUGCGACCUGCGGGAAAAGAUGGCCGUCUGGGGAGGGCCAUGGGCAGCGCUUGGGGAUUUCAACAUGACGCCGUCGGAGUUCAACAACAGCAUCUGGCCCAGGGAGGCGAAGCCAGGUGCAUCGAUUUCGCUGAUCUCGCAGGGCCUGGCGCCGUAUUUUGACCAGCUAGAGCUGCUCAGGACCGUGCCGUGGAAGCCGCACAUUGGCAUCCGCUUGAAGCUGAGAUGCGACCAGGAAGGAAACGUCAUGGAGCCAGUGCCGCAGCUGCACUACGACAAGGAGGUCCAGCACGUCAUCCCUGACGAGCUGUGGCAGGCCACCUCCGAGAGGGUCAGCUUGCGUGUCUACGACGAGUUGCCCCAGCACUUGCAGCACACUGUCGUCGGCAAGAUGAUGGAGCAGGACAUGCUGGAUCUGGGGCAACAGUACGACCACUUCGCUAGCACACUCGAGCUCAGCCUGUGCGAGAGCAUCGGCAUCCCAGAGGAAGAUCGAGGACGUCAUCUCGGGCACAGCAGGCCCCCGAGCUACAAGAGCGUGAGCAUCAAGGACACCGUCACCUCUACGCCAUGGGCAGGGGUUGAAAGGAAGAUCCAUGCGUGGUGGGCGGAGAUCUCCUCAUUGGUGCGGCAGCUCUCGCACCACGACGCCCGAGCGCAGGAGGCAGCGGCAAGGCGCAACACCAUGGACAUCCAAGAUCACGACCCCUUCGAGGAUGAGGAGGAGUACUUGGAGUACCGCCAGGAGAUCGCAGACCAGGAAAACAGCGAUGGGUACCACCAAUACAUCGAGGGGCAGCAGGCCAGCCUCGAGUCCAGCCAGACCGCUCGCCGUCGAGCAGCUGGACCUGAUUCUCACCCACCAGCAGGACGCAGCACCAUGGACGUCCAAGACCACGACCCCUUCGAGGAAGAGGAGGACCGCUUCCAGAACCGCCAGGAGACCGCAGACCAGGAGGACUGCGAUGGGUACCACCAGCGUAUCGAGGGGCAGCUGGAUGGCAACGGCUACGGCCAGAGUCAGAACCAAGCGCCGCCAAGCCCAGAGGCAGAUGAGCAACGAGAUAUGGGCCUGCCCCCUACAGACCCCUGGAAUGACGACCAACACCAGCGGGAGCGGGAAGACUACGUGGCCAUGAGAGACGACCUGGAGUACUGGGCGGCCAUCUGGAUGGAUAACUUGGUGCAGCUCCCCACGGACAACAGCAACUGGAUGCAGAUCUGCGUGCCGUUCCUGGAGACCAUCCUGGGAGGCGGAGGCAACAAUGACAUGGUGAGACUGCCCAGACGUUGGUACCAGCAGGCCGGCCUCAGCCACAUCAUCAGGGUCCGCACCCACAGUGGCCGCCAGACGCAGCAGCAGAUCAACACAAGACAGCAGCUUGCGCAGCAGCUCAACCAGCCUGACCCAGGCAGGCUGAACGAUGAAGGUGCAGCCAAGGACCAGCAGCAGGCCCUCCUCGCAGACCUGCACGCCGUAGCAGAGGGCGCCCUCGUGGACCCAGGGACGAUCAGCAGGGUAGCAGAGGAGGCAAAGAGCAUGGCCAAGCUACUCACAAAGGCGGUGAAGAAGGCGUACAUCCACUGGGUGCACGACGCCACGGCUGGCAGUGCGAAGAUGGCCCACGCCUACACCAAAGCAGCGGAGCGCAGCCAUCUGGAGGACAUCCUAGAGCACGAGGGCCAGGUCAUCAACCACCCGCAGCAGCUGGUGGACUUGCGCAAAGAAGCAUGGCAACGCAGGUGGACACGAGAUGCGCAGAAGGCCGAGAGGAUCCAAGAGGCGCUGGCCAAGCUGAGGCAGGCUGCCCUGGCCCAAGAGAAUGCCCUCGAGCCCAUCAGCAAGGACAUCAUAGGCUCCAUCAUCCAGCACCUGAAGAGCAAUGCAGGCCAAGGAGCGGACUGGUGGAGGGCUCCAGAGCUCAAGGCCAUGGGAGCCCAGGGGCUGGAAGAUUUCGUGCAGUGCCUGACCAGCUGUGAGCAACGGGCAGCCUGGCCGUGGCAAUUCUACCUGGUGCUGGAGCUGCUGCUGGGUAAGAAGCCAGGAAUCGGGGGAGAGCGCCCCAUCGGCCUCAUGCCCAUGCCGUACCGCAUCUGGAGCGCAGCCAGGAGGCCCAUAGUAGCCACCUGGAGCAAGGCAGCGGCGGGCUUCUGGGAUACGGCAGUAGCUGGCUCCUCAGCGCUACGAGUGGCAAUGCACAGACUUAUGAGGGCAGAAGCCGCCACGGAGAUGGGCUUUCAUGCAGCAGGAGUGUUCUACGACGCGGCAAACUUCUACGACAACAUAGGCCUCGACCAGCUGAUCGAGAAGGCCAGUGCCCUCCAGUACCCGUUGCUGCCGCUGGCAAUGGCCGUGCAGAUGUACCUUGCGCCCAGGGCCAUCAUGGCCCACAGCCUCUUCUCGGACAUCUUUGAGCCUGCCAACAGCAUGGUAGCAGGCUGUGGCCAAGCGGUAGACCUCACCAGACCGCUCUUGUAUGGAAUCCUGGAUGCAGCGCACAGGCACCAUAUCUUCGUCGUCAUGCAGCAGUACCUGGACGACUUGGCCCUGCAGGUAGAGGGCGCGCGGCGGCAGGUCAUUGACCAGAUCAAGCACGUGGCGGCGCUGGUGCACGAUGGUUUCAAGCAGCUCGCGAUUCCCAUCUCAGUCAAGGCGGCAGUGGUGGCCUCGGACAAGGACCUCCAGGCAGAAGUCGCCAGCAUCCUGGACAGCCUGGGCACCCCCAACAAGCAGCCAGGGGUAGUGCGCGACCUCGGCGUGGACACCAGCCUUGGGAAGCAGCUGCGGCGACCCACCCAUGCCGCGCGCCAGGCCAAGGCCAAGCAGAGGGUGGCCAAGCUCAGGGACCUGGCGAAGACGGACGCCAGAGGCGCGGCAAAGGUCUAUGCAGCAGGUGCCUACUGCCAGCAGGCUUGGGACUUACCAGCGCACGGCAUCACGCCCACGGAGGCGAAGUUGGUCAGGGCAACGGAGGCAGCGCUCCUCACAGGCGGACACAAGGCUGGACGCUGCACGUCCACCAUCCUCCUGAUCCAGAGGGGUAUGCAAGAGGCAGUAACCCGAGCCAUCGGCGACCAGAUCAAGCAGUUCUGGCUCACCGUAGUCGACCACCCGACGGAGCUCAAGAGGUACCAGAGGGGCUGGCUCCUGCUCUACGCCAAGCUGGGCGCCCUGGAGCCCAACCGCAGGCAGCUGGCCAUCGCAGUGGAGAAGGACUUCAGGCUGGAGGCGACCUCUAUCAGCUGCGAAAUAGGGCACAGCAAUGACACCGACCUGGCGAAGAAGGCGAAGGACGCGCUGGACCAGCGGCAGGACCUGCAUUUCUGGCUCCGAGGCAUCCCGCCAGCGGCCUGGGCAGCCAAGGUCGACCCAGACGAGGACGCGGCGAAGGCGGCGCAGAUCUUCUGCACCAGUGAAGGGGCACAAGUUGCAGCCCAGUCAGGGCACAAGGUGCGAGCAGACUAUGUUUUUACGGACGGCUCAGGUGGUGCAGGGGAAACGGCCAGGGACCCCCGCCUCAGACGUUGCGGCUGGGCAGUGGUGGCAUUCAGGUUCGACGAACAAGGGCGCCCGCAGGAAGUGGCUGCCUGGUACGGCACAAUCAGGGCACCGCACACGGUGCCACGGGCAGAGCUCACCGCCAUGAGCAAAGCCAUCGGGCACACCACGGCGGCGACAGCCAGGGGGCUAAACAUAGUCAGCGAUUGCAAAUACGCCCUGGACGCACUCAAGCAGAUCCAGGACCCUGAGGAUCUGGACUGCAGGAGCACGAACUACGACCUCUGGCUCCAGACGAAGCAGCAGCUACAGAACAGCACGGACACCAUCAUGGGCCACCACAUCCCGAGCCACCUUAUUGAGCGCCCAACCGAGCUGGAGAGGUGGAAUGGUCCCACCUGGUGGGUCAUAGGUAACGAGAUGGCAGAUAAGUGCGCAGGCUGGGGGGCGGAGCACGGAGCACUGGAUCCAGCUAUCAUCGUGCAGCAGCAGAUCAGAGACCAGAUCACCAUGGCGGUGCAGAACAGGCUGCUGGCCAUCAACAUGGCGGUGACGGUGGAGGACCCCAACAAGGCCCCUCAGCGUCCCAAGGCCAAGCGGCGAAAGCCGCAGACGGCGAGGGACAGGGCAGCCCAGCAGGGACACGACUUGCGAAAACUACAUCCGCGAUGGUGGUGUGCAACGUGCCGCAGUGGCCCAGCCAAAGGACAAAGCAUCAGAGACUGGUUGGCAGAGACGGGAAAAUGCCUCGGGAAGUACGGCGGCCACCAGGACCAGCACGGCAACGUCAGGCUCGACUUCAAGGCGGUGCAGAUCGGCACGCAGGUGGUGCACGGCUCCCACAAGACGCAGUACACCCAUGGCUGGUUCUGGUGCGAGAAAUGUGGCGGCACCAGCUACCUUGGGGACCACAAGAGCAGGAUCGUGGCAGGAGUGGCAAGGAAGCUGGCAAGGCCAUGCCAGCCCCCAACAGCAGCAGGGCGGCGAGUCCUGGAGGACAUGCAGAGGGGCAAGCUGCCUAGAGGAGCUAAGCCAGCAGCAGACCCAGCUGAUGAGGGUCUCGACGAGAUCACCAUGCCAGGUGGCUUCAAGCUCGGCCUGAGCAACCACGAGGUGAUCGAUCUGGACGGGGGCAGCUCAGAGGCAGGGGGCCCGCAGCCAGCUCCGCAGCAGCCACCAAGCCAUCCGUACUCUGUCGUCCACGCCAGCUUGAGGCUCGUCGACCACAUGGAGGGCUACGCAGAGCUGUGGAUGAACAUGGUCGACCAAGAGGUCUGGGACGACAUGGGCGACUGGAUGGAGCACUGUGUACCGUACCUCUUGGCCAUCACCAAUGUGGGUGGCAGAACGGACACGCAAGAGCAGACCAGGGCCGUCACCGUGCAGGAGAUCCAGCAGAUAAAGGACUUCUGCGAAGAAGUCUGGCGCAACACGCACCGCACGCGACGGAGGCUCAUGACCAGGAUGCUUACCCUCCCGCAUGGCACAUGGCAGCAGGCAGCUAGAGUGCACAUGGACGCCUUCCACAACAGAAGGAACAACAUCAUAGCGCACAGCAUCCCCAGCAGUGAGCGCAGGCCGCUGCCGAGAACAGCGGAGGCCAGCCGAGAGUGGUCACCAGAGAACCUGGACGAUGAUGACUCGACCCCAGACAGUGAAGCCCCAGAGCUGGAGGGUGAGCCGAGCAGCCAGGAGAUGGAGACCAUGGCGGGACCUGAUCAGAGGCACGACGCCAACAGCCUGAUGCAGACGGCAGUGCAGGUGGCAGUAACGCUGACCAAGCCAGUGGGGCCCGACCUGAUGAAGUUCGUGAGCGAAGCUGACGAGGCCGGCUUGCUCCACCCAAGGCUUCGACACAACAAAGGAGAAGCCGACCAGGACCCCGAGCAGGAGGUGGCGUGGCUCGAGAGGAACAGGCUCGAGCAGCUCAUGCAGUCGCUGGCAGGCUGUUGGAGCCAGAAAGAGGGCGAGCUGGGCUGGCCAUCGUGGCAGGCCGCGUGCGUGCCCCAUGUGAUGAGGGCGCUGCAGACUGGCGUCUAUCAGGGGCUUUUCAGCCACGUGUCAGGGACGAGCCGCCAGCGCAGCCAGCGCCGAGCGGCGGAGGAGAUCUGCCGCCUGGCAUGGCUCAACAGCGGAGAGGAGCGCAGACAGAUCCAGCAGCAGGACCCGAAGGAGGCAGAGCGGCGCAGAGCAACGGCUGAGCAGAUCCUGG